GUCGAUACUCAUGUCACUCCUCCCUUCAGAAGGAAAGGGAAUGACGUGGUAGAUUCUCAGGGUCAGACAAUAAGGUAUUACAAAGAAGUACCUGAUGUUUUAAAACGUUUAUCAGAAGAAGGGUAUGAAUUAGGAGUAGCAUCACGUACCUCAGAAAUUGAAGGUGCUAGACAAUUAUUGAAUUUGUUUGACUGGAACAAAUAUUUCCAAUAUAAGGAGAUUUAUCCAGGAAGCAAAGUAACUCACUUCUCUAAAAUUCAAAAAGCAUCAGGUGUUGAUUAUAAAGAUAUGAUAUUUUUCGACGAUGAACACAGAAAUAUUGUUGACGUAGGUAAGCUUGGUGUUACUUGCAUACUUGUUAAAGAUGGUGUGACUAAUUCAGUUACAGAAAAUGCUUUGAAGAAUUUUUGAUGUAAUCAUGUUAUAGAAAUUCGAAUGAUUUACCUUUAGCUUUUAUUGCAUGUAG